AUGGUUAGUGAUACCUCCGUUCCCCAAAUUCGGCCAUUGGCCAACCUUUACAAGCUCUUGCACAAGGCUAGUUGCAGAGGAUUCCCAGGCAUGUUAGGCAAUCUUGACUGCAUGCAUGGGGACUGUAAGAACUGUCCCACUGCUUGGACAGGCCAGUUUACCGGCUAUAAGCAUAAGCCAAUUGUUGUUCUAGAGGCAGUGGCCUCAUAUGACACUUGGAUAUGGCAUGCCUUUUUGGAGUCGCCGGAUUGA